UAAUAAUAGGCUGUGGCAGCGGGACACGAGAGGCAGGAGCCCAUGAGCCUCUUUGGGGUAAAGAGAGAGCUUGCAUUUGGCAGGAGAUGAAUUAAAAUGCAGCACACCACGUGCACAGAAGACAGGAUCUACCAUGCACUGGAAAGAUGUCUACAUGGGCUUAGCAGAGAUGCUGUCUCCAGCAGAUGGGCUGCCGGGCUGUGCCUGAACUGCUGGAGCCUGCAGGAGCUGGUGAGCCGAGACGCCGGCAACUACCUCAUCCUCGUGGAGAAGAUCCUCAGCAAGGCCAAAGAGGUGCAGGAGAAGUGCGACUACGAUCUCGUAAUGCCCCUGGCUCUGCUGUUCUACUAUGCGGUCCUGUAUGCUCCUCACUUCCCACCAGGCUCUGACCUGCUCCUGAAAGCCGCCAGCAUAUACCACAGCUUCCUGACCUGGCCCGUGCCCUACUGCGACAUCUUCCGCGAGCUGCUCACCUUCAUCAGCAAUGAGCUCAAGGCCCCCGGGAUCUCUUUCCAGAGGCUGGUGAGGACAGAGCAGGGGCUGCCUGUGAAGAACUACCAGAGCUCCACAGUAACGGUGCUGCUGCUCAACCGCUCUGAGGUGCAGAGCGAGUUCCUCUCCAUCGCUGAGAAGCUGAGCGCUAGUGAGCACCCGCAGCGUGCCACACUCGUCGUGCUCCUGGAACACCUCUACCAGGCCAACUUUGGCACCCGCUGUGACCUGGACAGCCUACACCGCCUCCUGAAGUCCAAGACGCUGGAAGAGCUCUCGGAGAUCUAUGCCAGUGCUGCCGACGCACAGGAGAUUGCAGCCACCAGCAGUGACCCUGUCCUGGCCCGGGAGCAGCUGCAGUCCGUGCUGCGGGACAUCGCUGGGGCCGCAUCCUUUCCUGUCAUCGCCGGUGAGGCUCAGCCCCGCAAGCUCCACACCAUCCCCAUCCCCACCGCUCGCUGCUACACUUACAGCUGGGAUCAGGAUAACUUUGAUAUCCUCAAUGAUGUCCUCAGCAAAGAGUGCAGCGUUGUUGAGCCCAUGGCCUCCGAGAACGAGGAGGAUGAAGAGGAAGAGGAGGAGGUGGAAACUGAUGGCUGUUUCCCCGAGCGGGACUCACUGCUUUCCCCCAUCUGUGCCAUUUCCAAAGAUUCUGUGUACUCGGCGCUGUCAGAGGAGGGAUCUAAGCCCUCACGAAUGUCCCUCUUCACCACCUCCAAGGACUCCAUCUCGGAGCUGACGGUGGUCUCCAGAAAGUCCCUGAAGUCAUUCGUCUCCAGUCUGAAGGACUGCAUGGACAGCGGGUAUGCGGAGGACAGCGACGAGAGCUCCCUGGACAUGGUGGGGAGGUCGGAGCUGAAGGUAGAGAAGACCCACCACAAAUACAGACACACGCUGACCAACAAGAUCUACAAACUGUUCAAGAGCAAAAGCCAGCUGGUCUUGAGGAGGGACCUGAAGGACUGCCCAGACAUGGGCUCGCUCUCGCUGCCCCUGCGCCGGGCUGAGAGCCUGUGCACCCCCCAGGCCAAGCACCGCGUCCCGGCACGCUCCCGGCGCGCUCACUCGCUGCCGCAGCACGUCCUGAGCCAGCGGCUGCCGGCCUCGCUCACCCCGCGGCACCUCAGCCUCCACCGACGGCCCUUCCUCAGCUACGACGAGGACGCCAAGGUGUCCACGCUGCGCGUUGUGGUCUUCGGCUCCGACCGCAUCUCGGGGAAAGUGGCCCGAGCCUACAGCAACCUCAGGCUCAAGGAGAGCACCUGCCCUUCACUGACAAGGUACUUCAAGCUGCAGUUCUUCUACGUCCCCGUGAAGAGGAGCUGCUUGGCUCCAUCAACCCCACUGAUGCAUCCCUCCCCGUCCCUGGGGGACCCACAGCUCCGGGCCUCGGCACAGACGGAUCCCACCUUGUCUGGGAUGGAGAGCAGCACCAACGACGUCUCCCACUACAUCGGCAUGUUGGACCCAUGGUACGAGCGGAACGUUCUUGGGCUGAUGAACCUGCCCAUGAAUGUCCUGUGUCAGUCUGCCAAGCCAGAGGCUGAGCCCCAGGAGGACUCCCAGGAGCAGCUGCCCAUCCUGGCAGACAUGAUCCUCUACUAUUGCCGCUUCGCCACGCGCCCCGUCCUGCUGCAGCUCUACCAAACAGAGCUCACCUUCAUCGGGGGAGAAAAGAUGACUGAAGUCUUCAUCCAUUCCCUCGAGCUGGGCCACUCAGCGGCCACAAGAGCCAUCAAGGCAUCAGGUCCAGGCAGCAAAAGACUGGGCAUAGAUGGAGACAGAGAAGCAAUCCCACUAACACUACAGAUCGCCUACAGCAAGACAGCCAUCAGUGGAAGAAGUCACUGGAAUGACGUUGAGAAGGUCUGCACAUCUGUCAACCUUAGCAAAGCCUGCAAGAAGUAUGAAGAACUAGCCUCAAAGACAGAGUGUCUCAACUUGACCAUGACAGAGGUGGUCAAAAGGCAGAACUCCAAAUCCAAAAAAAGUUUCAAUCAGAUCAGUGUGUCCCAGAUAAAAGUAGACAAGGUGCAGAUUAUCGGUCUCCAGUCCUCCUUCGCCGUGUGUCUGGACCAGGAUGAGCAGAAGAUCCUGCAGAGUGUAACCAGGUGUGAGAUCUCUGUGUGCUACAAACCCAGGGACAGUGAUCUCUCUGCACUGAGAAGGUCCUCUUUGCCUCUUCAGGACCCCUCCGAGUUUCAUUCUCUCCUGUGUUUACCCAUUGCCACCUUCAGUGGAGCACUGCCAUAGAAGAACCCUGUGUCCUCUCAGACCAGACUCCCAUCCAACACCAAUAUAGGCUCAGAAAAAGGAAGCUGACUGUUGUCCUUUGGGCUGGAGACCCAGCUGUUCUUGUCCAAGACAUCCUGCAGCCAAAGCGUUAGUGUGGCUGAGCUGCUCCUGGUCUGGGCUUAGCCCAUCCUUGGGAGAUGGGAACAUUGGUGUUGUGUUCUGGUAUCUCUCAGGGUUCCUCAGCAAUGGGAGGAAAGUGGUUUUCUUGAGAUGUCCACCUGGUUCAGCGGACUGCCAACACCGGCAUUGGGAGGGCAAGGCAAAGACAGUGAUAUUUUCCUGCCAGCAAAUGGUGCUGUGGCUGUAUUUGACAGUGACUGCAAGGCCACUGUGAUCUGGGGGAAGAUCAUGGGGGGACAUUUUGGAAAAUGGAUGUCCUUGGCUGAGUGGUGGUAGGUGGCCUUCAAUGCAUGUGGAGUUGCAGAUCACCCAACUGAUGUCCUGAUGGCAUUUCACCUGUGACAGGUCGAGGAUGCUCAGGACAGUUCUUUGGGGACAGGCUUUCUCAAGGUUUCCUUUAAAUUAUGAACCUUGGGUGUCUUGCAGAGAAAUAGUUCA